AUGUGUCAAAUACAAACACCGUUGUCGGGGAGGUGGCAGUUCCUUGUUGCAUUUCUUGCACUGGUCCUGGCUUUACCUGCAUUAGGGGUAGAUGUUGGAGGGGGAGUUGUGGAAGUAUCGCUGCCUGAUGUCACUGAGGAGUUGCCAGAGCCAGAGGGCGUCCUAGGUGGGGACUGCAUAAACAUCUCAUUGAGAAACAACGACUGGAGCUGGGACGGAGACGAGGGUCAACAGCAUCAAGGGGAGACGGCGCUCCUGGUCAGAAAACUUCUGCAGAGACUGAACAACGAGACCCAGCGGAUCCAGAAUGACAACCCCAAUCUCAACCUGACGCAUUUCAUGAGACUUGUUGCAAGUCGGUCAUCUUUGAUGAUACUGAAGAUCAAAUCCUUUGCAAGAGUCUUUGGCCAUGUGAACGCCCUCUACGGAUACACCUGCCGGAACGGGAAGCAGCUCCUACGCCAUGCCUUGCAGCGCAAUAUCACAGACGAUGAACUGGAAGAGUUUGAUGACGAAAUAUCUGCGGAGAUAGAUGCUAUGGUAGAUGAUGCUAUGGAAGAAGGAGCAGGUGGUGGUGAAGAAGAAAGAAAGGGCGGAGAACCUGGGACUGUAACCGGUGGGAAGCCAAAUGAGGCAUUGUCCGUUCAACAGAAAAACAGAGCUGCAGUCAGAUUGUUCAUCAGGAAGGCUGUCAUCGGUUUGUUCCUGUCGCCCCGCAAGCUUCGAGGUAAAGAAAUACCACAUCUUUCUGGAUACAUUAACAAACUUCGACAUGCUGAUGCGCUUAGUGACCUAGACCCAAGCCAGUCGAAAAACGCAACGAACCGGGGUGAGGGUUCAGGACUAAACAGAGAGGCAGGACAUACAGAAGAUGCCAUGGGUGAAGAAGGUGACAUGACAGGCAUGACGAUGGAAGAAGACGAGUAUGACGUUUUGUUGGAAAUCUUCGAAUCUGCAGAUUGGUUUGAUGACGAUGACCCUCAACUUCGCGAUGAUGAGGAGGUCCUGAAGAAAUUCAAUCUUGAAGGUUACUUAUUCACGCUAAUGUCUCAGCAUGUCAACAAAAGUGCGUCGUGCGCCCGUGAUGUCACGAAAUUCAUCAACAAGCGAGCCAAGCAUCUACCCAAUGUGACUGAUGGUGAGGAAGACUUCAAGGAACUCUGGAACGAGUUCAGAAGUUUGAACCGCCAACUGAAUGCUUCUCGACACCGAAACUCCACCGGUGGUCCAUUCGGUGGACUUCGCGAAAGUUCUGGUCAAAUAGAAACUCAAACAGGAAACCCUCUGCAAGGGGCUGGAGACGUCAUGACCCGAAUCCGUAACAUCACUGGACGUCUUGCUAAGGGCAGGUGGAGAGGAGACGGUGGUAUCGAGGGUAGCUUCUACGUGGUCCUCAUGAAGAUGGCUCACACGAUAGACAGCUGGGGAAGGGCGGGAUUCUUGUCCAAUGGAACAUACUUCGACGCGAAGUGCGCACCGGGCCAGUCAGCUAGAGAGGGCGCCACCACAGCCUGCCACAUAUGUCCUACGGAUGCUGCCACCAGGAAUCUUCGGAUGCUUCUCUCGGAACUUGACGAAACCAUCGGAGAAGUGUACGAUGGCAUCAAAGACGGAAUUGACAAGAUGGCUGAAGGCCCAGCCAAGGAUCAAUUGACAGUAUACCGCCUCCCACGUCUUGCAUUGGCUGAAACACAAAUCACACUCUCGGACAAGGACAAAUGCACUCCGUUCACACUCACGUACAACAUUCCUCAGCCGGGAGAGGGCGACACACCAGCUCAACCCUCGACUGACGGAGCAGACCAAGAUGAACGUGGAACCGAAGGUGAUGGUGAAACCGGGGAGGUGAUCAGCUAUGAGGAUUUCAGUACUCUUCGGGAGGAGCAGUUUUCACUACCCGCUGUCCCAUUUCUGCUGGGGAAUCAAGACGCUCAGCAGUCAUUAGACCAAUCCAGGAGGAUUACCAUUGAUGAAGCGAGCUUCGUGUCAGAUAGCCAGCUCACGGUUGAAGGGAGAUUCUGUGAGAUGGAUUCGCGCGUCCUGCAGCUAUGCCUCACGCUCGACGGACGCACGCGCAUACGCACGGACGACGCACCAGAGGGCAAGUGUCACAAUCUCACCGUGUACGCUGCGGCACCCGCGGUUUCAGGUGCUCGGUUGAGCGAUAGAGCCGAUGCCAUUAUCGUCUUCUUUGACAAGGACGUGAACGUCGCGAACCUUAAGAAAUGUUCGGCAAUCUUCGACGAGACUUCAGUGGCGAAGUUCGGCGACGAAGCAGAAUGCCAGUGGCGCAAGGGCAGGGAAUUGGUUGUGCGCUUGGGCAAGGGAGCCACAAUUAAUCCACAGUCAGAGAGCAGAAUCGCACUCCGACCAGAUCACAUCCGGGCCUUCCGGCAGCUCUUUUCUCAUACCGCGUCCGGCAUGGUCGAAGUGCUCCUUCCGAACAAUCCCGUAACCCCAACGGCUCUUAUUGACGGCGAGCCGAAAGUUCCCGAAUGCGGAGACAUCAGGCUCUCGGCUCUGAGGUCAAAGGGCGGCGGAUCACGUGGUCUAACAUACACGUGGUCCAUUCAGAGACCGACAGAGGAUGUGGAUGAGAGGAUCACGAAUAUACUGGCGAGAACAAACGGUGACAAUAAAGCAGAGUUAGUCGUCGGCGCCAGUCUCCUGCCUGAUGAUACUCCGUACGUGAUGCGAUUAACCGUUAGGAACCUACUGGGACUGGAGAAUUCGACGACUUUCACCGUGCGGAAAGCGAAUGAACAGGAGCCUAAGUUUAAGAUUGGAACCAUAGGAAUCCCCGCAGACAGAGUGGUCAACGUAAACAAGCCCGUUUCACUUGUCGGUGAUUUAUCAUUUAACGGCCGUGGACCCGGUUGUGGAAGGCUAAAUGCCUCUGAAGUGAACUUUCAGUGGUCCGUAUCUGGUGCUCAGUUUGAAGAGGGCGUCCUAAAUACGAAUAAACGAGGACUCCGGUUUCCACCAAGAUCUCUACCCGGAGACACGGAGAUCACUGCGACCUUGACGUUGACCUAUAUGGCUGAUACUCAAGUGACCUUGACCCGUACAGUGACCUUCACCACGGCCUUUGAACCCCUCGUGGCACGUAUCAAAGGUGGUGAACGCAUAACCACUGGUGAGGCUUCCAGUCCCUUCGACCUAGACUGCUCGCUGUCCAGAGAUCCAAACUUUAAUGGCGAUGAACCCGAUGAGGGACUUAGGUUUCGGUGGGGCUGUUGGCAGGAGACUGAUAAAACCGGAUGCAACCCUACGUACCCAUCAACGGAAGCUGUUUUGACUGUUGACCCUUCCGCGUUGACAGCUGGGAAGGCCUAUUCUUUCUCUUGCUACGUCUCAAAGGCCGGCUUUGACGGUGAAGUACAUAGUAGUGUGACGGUCGAUGUUACGGAAAACAAUCCACCUCUGAUUUCGCUGGCCCUGCUCCAAUCGAAGGACGGAUCUUACAGACCGAGGAGAGACAUAGAGAUACGGGCCAACGUCAGGGGUGAUGACAUCAGCGAAAUGAGUUGGGAGGACGUAGGUGGCGGUCUUGAUGGAUUGGGGGAAGACGAAUUCACGGAGUUCAAAGACGUAACACAGACGGAUGCAGAGACAACAUUAACUACUUCCGAGGUCACACGUUCAUCUAAGCCAUAUACUGUCAGGUUCGGACAGUACUACUCUCUUCUGAAAAUUAACAACGCAACCCUCGAAGCCGGUUCUCAGUAUAGUGUACAGUUUAGCGCCCUCAACGGGGAAGACACGGGUUCUUCAACAAUUGACUUCCAGGUUCUUGGCAAGGUAACUGGUUGCCAGUUUGAGUUUGGUGGAGACGAGACGUACGUGGACACUGCUUCCAAUGUGAUGUACACUGUCCAGUCAUGCUCUGCAGAUGAGGACAAGGUCCUUACUUACCAGGCCUUUGCUCAGGUAUCCCUAGAGGACGGGCAGAACUCUCUGCGUCUCCUCGGUCAGACCUCGGAGAUGCCAGAGCUCCAGGUUGACCACGACGUCUAUGAUAAGGUCAAGAGCAAGAUAGAAGCCGGUGACACAGUGCCUUUCAAAGUCGGUGUUAGGGUAUGCUACCAGCUCACCAAAGUAUGUGCGGAUUUCACGAAAGAUGUGACGUAUGACCACCAACCCCUAACGGCGGAAGACAUCGAUGACAAGAAGGAGGAAAUUAAUGAUUUGAAGAACGAAGGACGACCGGUGGAAGGACUCAAAACAGCGAACAGCGCGCAGAAGGCUAGCGCCGACUUGUCUACCGAAGGCGCACGAAAGAGACGAGCAGCAAUAAGCUUUGACCAGACCUUACUGGAAUUGCAAAAGGAACUACUGAUCCUUGCUGCUGGGGACCAGAGCAAUUAUGACGGCUACCCUGGCGAUGUUCUAUCAAUGGUGGAUGCGGCCAUGGACGUACCUAUCCCCGCAUACCAACGGGAAGAGAUAAGGGGUAUACUGGACGCACAAAGGAAUGUGCUUCAAUCCGCGAAGGAUCUUGAUGACCGCCUACCACAGGAAACCAUCGAUGGGGUUCGCCAGCAGCUGGAGGAUGCCAAAAUAGCAUUCCCGGACAGCGUGUUCUUCACGGAGAACAGAGAAAUUCUUGGACUGCUUUCAAAGUGCAUGGGCAAGAACCUGGCAACCGGUGAACGGAUUUCAUCUUACGGUGACGACAUUUUGAUUACUAUCGAGGCCACACUCAAUAUCGAUCCCAUAAUGAUACCUAAGGGCGAUGGCUCUAUCACCUUCAAAGGUGGGGAUGACGUCAGAAAUAGAUACGACACCUCGUGGGAGGGAUGCGGAUGCGAGGAGUGCGUAGGAGUUCUGGUUGAAUUCUUCAUCUACCGCGGCCAAGACUACGUGGCCGGUGAGUCACAUGACAGUGACGUCAUCGGGAUGCAGUUCGUCAAUCCUUGCACAGGCGACCCGAUGGAAGUGCGCGAUCUCUACGACCCCGCAACCAUAUCAAUCCCCUUCUCAUCCCCUUGGCCGUCCAUGACCCGCCCCGUUUGCUCGUACUACAAUGACACCAACAUGGAAUGGAGCCAAGACGGUGUGCAGACAGUCGUCGACGGGAUGGAUGUCCGUUGCGAAACCAAUCAUACCACAGAAUACGUGAUCGAUUUUGUCAUCGAGGAUGGCGCUGUAGCGGAACCCACACCAACCACCUCCACUAGAGGAGAUGACAUGACCACUCUCGAAGACGACGACGACGAUGAUGACGACGACCAAAUCCCUGGACUGACUGCUCUGCUGGGCAUGGGUAUAGGCGUGAUUGUCGGCAUCGUUGUCGGAGCCAUUGUCGUUCUCGCCAUCAUCGUCAUCCUUAUCGUAGUCGUCCUCAAGAACGUGAACAAGCCCAAGAUGAUGGUCUCACCCGUCGUCAAGGCAUAAAUUCUCAUCAAUUCUUCUUUCUUUUGUUCUUACUAUAUUCCGUAUUUCCUUACUUUGCUCCCUACAAAUGUAUUCACAUUUCUUUCGUAUAUGUUGACGAUUCGAAAGUGCUAAGUUUACACUAAAGUAGCCCCCCCCCCCCCUUUAUGCGUUUACAGGCACACAACUCUUGUUAGUCCCUGAGCGUAACAAUUAUGCAGCCCAUAAUAGUGAGACUAUGCUGACGUCAUAAUCUAAAGGCUCUAACUGAACUGUUUGACAGACAGAGACUGCCAGAUAUAGGCUCUGAACAAGGCUUCAUGAGUUGUGGAAAAAUGUCCGAUAUGAUUCUUUGCUUCAGACAACCCGGCCCCCUCCCACUUUCUUAAUGUUGUCCUUUUCCCUGCAUCUUUCAUUUUAUAUAUAAUCGUUGGUGUGCCCUUUUCCUUCACCCUCUUACUUCAUUUAUAUCAUUACUCAAUUACUUUA